AAUUUGCCCCGCCCCUCAGCCAGAGCAGGAUGCCGACUGGUCAGGGUUCAGUAAACCGCUAGAAAGGAGGUAUGUGAAGAGUCUUUGUUCUCUGGGAUUGAGAUGGUGAGUGUGGGAGUCAGCACAGAGCCCUGCCAUGCUAGGUGGGAGGUAGAGACAGAUGAAGUUGUUCUACAGCGGCGGCAAAAACAGAUAGAUUAUGGCAAGCGCACACCUGGUUACCAGUGUUUCCUGCAGCAGGUCCCCAAGGCAAAGCGACAGCCAGGACUUCACCCUCAAACACCAAAUAAGAACAGGAGGUACAGCCGUCGCUCGUGGGAUGCCCAAAUCAGGCAGUGGAGAAGAGCUCUACAUUCUUGGGACCCCCCCAGCCAGCCUCUGCAGGGCAGGGAGGCUGAGGGGCAGGGGAUGGAGCAUCUCUUAGAGCCAAUGGGUUCCACCCCUUUGGAUGACCUUUUGGAUGACUGGUUCCAGGCCCUGGAACCCUCACCGAAUCUGGAUGGAGACCAGAAGGGAGCCCAGUUUGCAGACUUGGUGGCUCCUGCCUACUCCCUUCCCUGGCUCUGUGAGGAAGAUCCCCACCACUGGUGCUACUUUGUAGCUGAUCAGUUACAUAUCUGUCCUAGACUUGAGUGGGGCACCAAAUAUUUAGAGAAAACAGACGUCUUUCAAGGGACUUGUUGCUAGGUUGUAAUAGUGUAAUAGUUGGAAUAGUGAAGAUUAUUUGCAUUACUGCUACUUCCCAAUCGAUUAAAAAAGAAAUCUAAAACUGCUGUACAAAAAGAUGGCAACACGAA